AUGACAUGUGAGCUGCUGAGGGUGGAGUGUCGCAGACAGGUCAGUGCCAACCUGUCCGCCCUGAGAAUCACGGCUCAAUCGGGAUGUGGUGGGGGAUCGGACAGGCCUACGCCGGCCCAACUCACCCAAUCCAUUGUUGGCCAUGUCUCACCCAGCCGAUCCAGCCUGGCUUUCAUCAGCCAGCCAACGGCGGAGGCAGGUUGGGCUCCCAUCAUGCCCCACCAAUCAUCACAUAAUGGCGUCAUCGUUGUGCUUGCGCCUCUCCCAACUGAGGCAUGGGCAACUUUAAUCCGCUACAGGCUAAAGAAGAAAAAAAAAAUCUCUGCACCAAUGGAGCCAACCAAGCGAUCGAGCACUCCCGACCCCGGACAAACGGUCAUCGUAGCACCCAAGCAAUCGAGCACUCCCGACGCCGCACCCAAGCGAUCAAGCACUCCCGACGGUCGUCGUAGCACCCAAGAGAUCAAGCACUCCCGACGCCGGACCAGCGGUUGUCGUAGCAUCAGCGGUCUUGCCGGUUGUGACUGA